UGUUUGUCGUACGUUCGUCCAAAACAUCUAUUCUCAUUUCAUAUAAGAAUACGGGUCCAGGCGCGCACGCCCGCGCGUCUUCGUAAUUUUUUUCGUAACUUAUAAUUUUAAUAAAGCUGUUUUAUUUAUUUAAGUGCAAAGCUUAUUUAUAUACCGCUGUGAUAUUAAUAAAAAAUUAAAAUGUUAAAGAACACAGUGAAAAAAUAUUGUUCCGAAGGCAGCAAAGUUAAUCAAGUUAUGGUCGCUAUUUUGAUGGUUCUCCCAGUAUUUUCAUACGGCACUGCAGUCGGGUGGCUUUCACCAAUGGGUCCACGACUGAUGUCCAAAGAGACUCCUGCUGCGGAACCAGUACAUCCUGACGUCAUAUCUUGGAUGGCAUCAGUGGCCUACCUAGUGGGGACCCCAGCAGUGUUCCUGUUUGGGUACAUAGUGGAUAACUAUGGACGGAAGAAAGCACUGAUGCUUACAUCAUUUUCAAUGGCAGUCUGCUGGGGACUGAAACUCUACUCUACUGAAACAUGGGCCCUCAUCACAGCUCGAGCUAUCAUUGGUCUCGGAGUGAGCGGUUCCUACGUCGUCACUCCUCUGUACAUAAAAGAAAUCAGCGAGGACUCCAUAAGAGGGACACUCGGCAGCCUAGUAGUACUGAGCCAGAAUUUGGGGAACCUAAUGGUUUAUAUAUUAGGGGAAUACUUAUGUUAUCACGCGACGUUAUGGAUCUGCUUGGCGAUCCCGUUGGUGCAUUUGCUGCUGUUUCCUGCUAUGCCUGAAACUCCUUCGUAUUUGUUGAAGAGUGGAAAAGUGGAGCAAGCCAGAUCAGCACUAGCGUGGUUGCGCUGCCGGCAGACCUCUGAUGCAGUGGUGGACACGGAGUUGCAGCUGUUACUGCUGGAGCUCGAGCAGACCAACAAUGGAAAGUUCUUCACCACACUGAAGACUCUAGUAUCUGACCGCAACACAUUCCGCGCGUUCAGGAUAACCAUGGCAAUAACCCUCGCCCGAGAGCUGUGCGGCUGCUUGGCGGUCCUACACUUCGCAUCGCUCAUUUUCAGCCAAGCGAGCGGUGGGUGGGUACUGACCGCCAACCAGCAAGCAGCCGUGCUGGGAGCUGUGCAGCUUGUGGGGUCUUGUACUGCUUCUAGUUUAGUGGAGAGGACGGGACGAAAGCCUCUCCUUGGCACCACGUGCUUCGUAUCAGGGCUCGCUCUGGGCGCGCUAGGAGCGUGGUUCGCCGUGAGCUCGGGCUCGCACGCCUGGCUGCCCGUGCUUGCGCUGUGCCUGUGCAUCUACUGUGACGCGGCUGGCUUGCAACCUGUGCCCUUCGUGGUUAUGACUGAGAUGUUCUCCUUCCAGUACCGAGGCACAGUCACAUCAAUCGUCACAGCAUUCGCCUGUGCAAUAGUCUCAAUAGAGCUGCGAGUGUUCCAACCCCUGGCCACCAGUGUUGGCCUCUAUCUCAUCUUCUGGAUUUUCUCCGGGGUGUGCCUAAUCAGCACGGUUUACAUCGCCUUCUGCGUCCCGGAGACCAAGAGGAGAACUAUCGAAGAGAUCUACGCGGAAUUUGGCGGGAAGAAGGAGAAAGAUUUGGAAGCCCAUGUUACGAGACUUUAGAGUGUAUUGAAUAUAUUUAGAGCUGACCAGCCCCGGUUUCAUUCGAGGGGUAUUUCUGAAAAUCCAUUCAUGGUUCUUGCCAAGAAAGGAUUUCUUGCAUGAAGUAGUUUUACUAGACUCGGAUCGGAUGAGUGCGUAACCGCCCUCAAUACCUAUAAAAACAUUGGAUUGCUGAGGUAUCGUAAAAUAGAGGUUCCAUUUAAAAUACUCAUUUAACUUGCGAUACGAUCGCGAUGGAUUUUACUUACCUUAUUAAAAAACUUAUGCUGCGAGUCAUGCAUGACUCAUGACGGACCGGACCUAAUUUAACUAGAUGUAGAUUGUAGAUAUAUUAAUACUUAGGUAAAAUACUUAAUAUUUAAAAAAAAUAUAACUUGUAGAUCUUAUUGAUAGUGCUGAACGCAUUACAUUAGAGCAUAAUUACUGUACAAGGCGAAAUUUAUAAUAUACCUACUGGUUGAAAAUUUGUUUCAAAAAGCAUUUUCUGAAAAACCUAUUUUUUCUACACUUGAUGUGAUAAACCAUCAAACUCAGUAUCCGAUACUGUAAAGACUGGUGAUAAUAAAAUACUAUUUAAA